AUCCGCAGACCCAAGUUUCCCCUCUUGCAACUUAACCAUUAUCGAUAUCAAAUCUGAUUCUUCAACCCAACCUACGAUCGUUAUCUACAAUACAAGACAAGCAUGAAGAUCCUGCCGUUACGCAGGCAAACGCCGUUACCAGCGAUGGGGCCACCGGGAAUGGCCACGCACGCAAGUCUUCCCACAGCCCGCUUAGAAUCACUGAUGGCCAAAAGUGGACGCAAAAUACCCCGUGAUCAUUUGGAGCUGUGGCCGUACGCCCGAGAGCAAUGUGAACGUUUGCCAAUUGUUCUUGAGCGGUUUAGAGGGUGGAAGGUUAUAUUUAAUCAACUCAUCCGGUUCUUUGAGAGCAUUCGAAAGCUCGAGACGGCGUACGCUGACGAGUUUAGCAAGUUUAACGACGUGCUCUGUGCACCGGACGGAGCAGCCAUGCAAGAAAUAUUCGUUUUUCCUAGCAACCUCAUGCAACCGGUCCAGAACCAGAUUCAAGAUAUGGCUGCAGCGCAUAAAGCGACAGCCACGUACAUUCACGAGAGGGUCAUUCGGCGCCUCAAAUCGCUUAAACAGCAAGUUCAUGAGCAGCGCCGACAUUAUCAGCAUACUUUUGGUCAGCUGGUUAGGGACGUUACCACCAGUAGACAUGACACGAUUGGUAUUUUGGGAAAGCAUGAUCGCACGUCAAGACGUACCGGCACAUCUUCUUCGGCCGUUUCGCACACUGGGCCAACCGUCAUGGCUGCUGAGCCAAUUCUUCCUCCCACCAAAGACAAUGUUGACCCUUGGUUAAUCUACCUUCGAAUCCAAGCCCAGCUGCGUAAAAUGAUUGAAGGCGAAAACAUUUUUCAAGAACGUAUCCUGCACUUUCAUCGAGAGAUUGCUCAAAUCGAUGCUGGGAUAUUUGAUACUCUCCGCCAAACCAUCGAUCAAUACCUCACCACGAUUGGGAUGCAAGGCUCGGCAGCCGCGACUCAUGGAUCUUCGCUGCGGUCACUCUUAAACAACACUGACUGUUUUGGACCGUUUGCCCGUUUCUCUGAAACAUUUGAAGUUCUUACCGCUCCCGUUUUCACAACGGAAAGGAAGUUGGAAGACUUUCCAUACCCUCUUCGUGCGAUCCGGAUUGAGAAACAAGGAAUACUGUAUCGUCCUGGAACAGUCCGAAAAGGACAUUGGAAACCGGUUGUGGCAGUGCUGACUGAAAGUGGUUGGGUUCAUUGUUUUGAUACUAAAUUGAGUCGACUUACGAGGAGGGCUACCAGUGUUGGGGGAGUCCAUAUUGGGUCCCAUCAUAUGCAUGAAGACGAGCGUAUUCGAUCAAGGGCCACUUCGGAGACCUCUUCGGCAUCCCAGAUACCCAACUCACUCCUGCCUUUGACAUCCACACCCCUUCCAACGCCCUUCAAGCCGUUCAGUAUCAACCUGGCUUCACCUCGGAUUAACAUUGCCCCCAACGAACGGAAGCUCCACCAGCACGUCUUUACAAUUAGCAUGGAUCGGCGUAAGACUGGAAAGCUGUUCCGGAACAGUGGAUCAGAGGUGGAAUUGAAGGCCGCAAGCGAGGAGGAAAUGUUGGAUUGGAUUUCGGUGCUCAAUAGGAAGAUUGAGUCGUACCUUCCCGCUGGACCCCCAGCUCCCAUCUUCCGUUCGCCACAACAACUUUCUGCUGAACUUGUCCGACGUCGAACAGAAGAGGAAGUUCCGGGACGCUUGCAUGAUGAAUCUGCUGGAGACACAGCCUUGAAUUUUGCAGGCAACAUGCUAGGAAAAACCGCUAGCGCCCAUCAUCCACACAGCGGGCGCCGAACAGAAGAAGCUCUUACUGGAGGCCGGCAUGAUGGAUCUGUUGGAGAUACAGCAUUAAACCUUGCAGGCGACAUGCUAGGAAGAACCGCUAGCGCCCAUCAUCCACACAGCGGCCGUCGAACAGAAGAAGCUCUUACAGGAGGCCGGCAUGAUGAAUCUGUUGGAGAUACAGCAGUAAACCUUGCAGGCAACAUGUUAGGAAGAACCCCUAGCGCCCAUCAUCCACACAGCGGACGCCGAACAGAAGAAGCUCUUACAGGGGGCCGGCAUGAUGGAUCUAUUGGAGAUACAGCCUUGCACGUUGCAGGCAACAUGUUAGAAAAUACCGCCGGUGCCCAUCACCCACUCAUCAACUCCGCCGUACAGGCACACUCACACGGGCGAAUACCCACAGAAGAAAGCAUGCAUACACCUGCAGACGUCGCGGUACAAGUAGGAGAAGGAGUGAUGCAUCCCGAAGAAAGCAUUCGGACCUCCGUUCAGCCGCCGCUAAUCACCUCGGCUUCUCCGGCUUCGAUGCGUCCGCGGAACCUCCCGCUUCCCACCCCACCCAAGGAAUGGGGUGUGGAAGCGGACGACCAGACGCCGAGGGCGGAGAUGUUCAGACCAUUGAGGGCAGAAGCUCAGGCAGGGGCGUUACCGGCAGCUGUGGAGUAG